AUGAAAACACAUCUUUAUCCCUUCCAUCCCCCCGGCCUUGCCGUCUCGCCCUCCUCUCCUUUUCUUCCUUCCUCCCAUCCCCCUUCCCUCUCUCUACCAUCCCGACUCAUUCUCACCACCUUCCCUCCCAUCUUCAGCUUCUACUCCAUCACCCCCGGACUAUGUCAUUUCGGCCUCAAUUCUCCUAUCGUCAACAAGCCUCGCCGUGACCGUGACUACCGACUUCUCGCCGCUCACCUGUCGCCUUUCUGGUUCGGAACCACGCAACCCCCAUCGCAACCAAUCUUCCACCGUGCUUCGUCACGCACUCCCCUCCUCCCGGUCUCCUCGUUGCCAAACGCAAACCACUGGGCCGUCAACGUCAUGCCUGCCUCUAGCUCUGCUACGUCGUCGGCCACCAACGGUCGCUCCGGUCGAUCGGGGGCCUCCAAAGGGGUCCUGGUCCUCAAAUUGUCUCCCGAAGUGUUGAGCCAGUUUGCCACGCCGCCCCCCGAACCCAAGGACAAGAAGUCCAGGAAAAACAGCACUCCCAAGAUCCAGGAGCCCGUUGCCGAAACCCCCGUCAAGGAAAAAGAAGCUUCUCCCGCCUCGUCUUUCACUGAGGCUCCGAUCCCUCCAUCUUCUGUGGACAACGCGUCCGAUGCCGCUUCUACACCAGCGGCCGGUACGUCGGUUGCCGACACUCCUCGCCGCAAGGGCAUGCCGGGCCCCAAACCUGGUAGCAAGAGAGGCCUGAACCAGACGGCCGAGACGCAACCCAAGCCGAGAGGCAAGCCGGGUCCUAAGAAGAAACCCCGACUUGACGACGGAACGGUCGACCACGUGAAACUGGCAGCAAACCACCGACUCGGACCUAAGGCCAACACUGGUGCCAUCAAUGCCGGUCUUCGUGCCCUGGAUCGUACGGGAGCUCCCUGUCGGAAGUGGGAGCGAAAGCCCCUUCAAUUGAAGAGUUUCACCGGUGUGAAUUGGAACCUGUCCAGCUGGCGCACUCCUCGACCUCAAGUCUCCGAAACGAACGGCGAGAUCAAGGACGGCGUCCUCGAGACGGGUGACAGCGACAGCAAGGCCAACCAGAGCGCCAGCGGAGUUCCCAGCGAGAAGAGCAAUUCGGGUGACGGAGACCUCACGCCGGUCCCUCCCAAUCUCACCGAAGCCUCUUCGCCUGCGCCUGCCAUGGCCAUGGCUGCGUAG